CUGCGUGUUCCGGUUCUUUGUCAUCAAUGGGUUGCCGGGCGAGUCCAUUUUAAGUGCCACUUGAGAUUGUUUUACACUUUAUUUUCAUACUUCAUGUUCCAACAAAACGUGUUUUUGCGAUGCCAUUAUAACUGUGGUCGAUCUCGCGUUUAGCUAGCGUUUUUACAUGCAGUAUUUUGUGUGAUACCGCUUAAGCCCUUUCGAUACCAAAGAACGGCAGCCACUUCAGCUGACUGCGUUGUACGCAAGGCUACUCUAACUAAACUAGUACCUAGUAGUCCAGCAUUCACGGGCGGCGGACGGUUCGCGAGUUCACGCAAGUGAUAGCGGAUAUGUUGUUGAGGUUUAAAAUGUUAUUGGAACGUUUCCCAUAGGUGCGAGGGUGACAUUUUCGUGUCGGAUCGGUAUAGUAUCGCGUAGGAUUCCGAGCGAGCGAGUUCGUCGCGAGUGCAAGUAAAGACAGAUCGCAGGCCGAGCUGAGGCUCAAUAAUGCUCAAAUUUCUCACUCACAAGCUGAGGACGCAUUCGUUGAAUGAGGAGAACGUUUCCGAGAAGGUGGAGGAGCGGGACUCCGGCACCGAAUCGGACGACGAAGCAGACCGGGACAACGGAGACUGCUGCACUGACGUCACCAUGAAGUGGAACGACAUCACAGAUAUCAGUAUGAGUGGCGAGGCUUGCGCUUGUGCGCCUGCGCCGCCUCGGCUGCUGCCCGAGCCGGAGCCCGACCACCUCUACGAUCACCACUCUUCAGAGGAAGAAUUAGAGGUGAUCAACGGCGCGCCCGUCGGGAACGUCGGCGCGCGGACCGAAGCGGCCGGCGCGGGCGCAGCGGCGCCGGAAUCUAGGAGACGCGGCGCCUCCUCCCCUCCCCCCGCCGCCCCCGAGAAAAGAAAAUGGCCGGCGCAACCGUAUCUAGACGACGGAGAAGAUAGAGCGGCGAGAGCGCCCUCGGAUGACGAUGAAGACACGAAGAUAGAGACUCCCGUGCGUUUCCGCACGUCGCCGCCGCUGGAGGCGCUGAAGCCGCGGCGCGCGGGCGCAGCGUGCGCGUGCAGCGAGCCGCCGCCGUCGCCGCGCCGCCGCCGCGCGCCGCUCGCGCCGCCCAGGAGACACCGGCCCGCGCUCGAUUUCGAUAAGAUGCAACAGCUGCGCGUGGGCGGCGGCGUGCGGUCGUGGCGCGCGGUGGGCGGCGCGCACGGCGGCGAGCUCUCCGUCUUCUGCUGGUGAUCGCACUGAUAUCCAAGGUGUACGACGGCCGACGUGGCCACGUCGUAACGUGUCGUGAUCACUACACUACCACUACAGUGUCGUGUCGUGUCGUGUCGAUCUCGCCGCCGUGGCGCCACCUCGCGACCACUCGGCAAAGCUAUCGGCAGCCGACGCUUGUACUAGCCUCAAAAGGCACAUGAUUUGUAUUACUACCCGACUUAAAAAUAGAAGGGUUUAAAAUUAUUACCCGACUGAAAAAAGGAAGGUUUAUCGUAUAACCCGACUGAAAAAGGGGGUUUAAAUAACUCGCAAUCGUAUGGACUCUAGUUUGAAAUGAAAAAAAAUAUUUUUAAAGGUAAUAUAGAUGUGCAAUACACUGGUAAAGACAACGUUCUACGUCUAACGUUCUAAGAUGUCAAUGCUACACAUUAUAGGCAACUUUUAAGGCUCACCCCUUUUUUUUAAUAUUUAUAGUCUGUGGUAGAGUAUUGUUUGAGUGUCUUUUUGGUCUGAUUUUAAUAUAAGUAUAUCUAACAUUUUGUUUUCCCGCUCAUAUUAAUGAUAACAAAUAAAUGUCUCUUUGUUUAAUACCUGUAUUUUAACAUUUUUAUAAUUGGACCAGAUUUUUACCUGAAAUAAUUACUUAGGUACCAUUUCAUUUUAUAUUAAUUUCCCAACCGUUGUAGUUCAGAGUACAUAUACUCUUAAAAUCACUUAAAAUGGCGAAAAAUAUGGGAAAUAUUUUGUCUAAUUCUAGAGUCUAGCCGAUAAGAUAACGUCGAGCUAAUUCUAAAUGCUGAUGUAAUUUAUCCCAUUUAGUAUGCGCGUGUGCAUCCAAUAUCAGGAUACUUAGCGUAGAGGAGAUAUACAAUACAGAGACAAAGCUACGAACGAAUAACGUGUCCUUGGAACAUGUUAGUUUAUGUCAAUGUGUUUAAUGGGAUUUAAGACAAAUUUUUGAAAUUUGUGUUUGCUCGUGUAUUAGAGUCAUGUCGCUGAAAGUUUUAUAAAAUUUCAUGUUUAUAAUAUGCUAAAUGUUGCCUCAGUGUUUGACAACUAGGCUGUGCAUCAUAUUUAUUGUCACAUUGUUGACUAAAAAAUAUUAAUCGUUUAUUCUGUUUCGUAUAAAGAUUUGUCUCUCUGUGUAGCUACUCUACGCGCCUAGCGCAAUAAGCCUGGCUGAGACAUAGACACCUGUCUAAGAUAUAGAAAACUUUAUAAACCUGAUAUAUAGUCGCCAACGACCGUAUAUGACAUGUGUUAAGAUGUUUCAAAAAGCAUAUUUUCCCACUUAUUGUAGUAAAUUAUCCUGAGCACUUUUAAUUGUUUGUCGUUGAAUUGUUUUAGACAUAGACAUUAGGAGUUAUAGACCUGUCAUAUCGAUGUGCUUUAUAAUGACUACUUUUUAUGAUAAAUUCCUAAUAAAUUUUGAAGUGAUGAUCACUUCAAAAUUUAUUUUUCAUUAUAAUAAAUAAAACAAUUAAGUUAUCAUUCUUUGUUUUGUUAUAAAUGAUUAAGUCUAUGUAUUUUAAAUAUUCAGACCAAUAUUAGAUUUUUAAACUCACUUUUUAAAUAGCAGAUUAUAUUCAACUAUAUAUAUUUUUUUACACGAUUUGACUGGUCUAUAUGUCUCAAGUCUAUAGGUUUGGACGCCUCGAGCUCAGUUUGAUUUUUCUAUGGUUGCACUCAAAUAAUGAUCAAAGUACAAACUUGUAUUAUAAUUGUAUGGAGCGUGUGUGUUAUACGACUUCGAAGUGUCAUCUUUGUUAAAAUUGUAUCUUAAUUUGUUUAGUGGCACGCGUGACGGCGAGAACUCAUGAUAUGAAGUUGGACGGCAUAUUUUUAUUUAUUUAUUUACCAAUUUUACGUACACAGAAAAAUAAAUGAUAAAAACAAGACUAAAGUAAUGACAUAGGUACCUUUUUAUUUCUAAAACAAUCUCUUCCAACAGACCCGAGAGAAGAUAUUAUGAAAAGUAUGACAGAUGCGACGUGACAUAAAAAUUUAAUUCGUUUCAUAAAAGAAAUACCUGGAGGGCGCAGUAACUGUUAUAAAACUGAUGUUUCGCGCACUCUUGCGCGAAGAGAGAUCCAUAAAUUCAAAAUUCAAAUUCAAAAUUAAACACUAUUAAAACAUUUUGCAUCGUUAUUUUGAAAUGAAGAAAAAUUCUUGAUUAUUAUUUUUAUGGCUUCGUUACAACUUGAGUCACGGGUUCUCGCCUGAACGUUAAAAUAAAUAAGCUCUUUUGCAAGUAAUUAAUUACGUUUGAGCUGGAUUAAGACUAAGCAGUGCGUUCGUUUUGUUAACUGAAUGUAUCGAAUCUUUUGAUUUUACCAAUAAUGUCUGUAAAUAACCGUAAUUUGUCGAUAACAAAAAAUUAGGUUAUAAUAAUGAAGAAAAUUCAUUUUUAGAUGUUGUGGAAUAAUAAUUAUUUAACGGUUUCACGUGUGGAAUUAAUUUCAAUGACUCAUUAAAAUUUAUUUAACAAAAUGUUGAGUUAUAAUCGGCCAACACAAAAGAGAUUCGAUACCCAGACUAACUCACGAACUAUUGUCACGAGGCCAUCGCUAGUUUAUGACUCGUAAAUAUUGUAUCAAUGUGAUAAAACUGUAUUGUUUAUUGGAGGCUCGUGGUAAUGAGAUGAAUGUGACACGAUUCUUGUAAAAGUUCUAAGUGGAAAGAUAGAUCGAGCAACGCUCUAGUUUUGCGGACUAAAAUUAUAAGAUCAUCGUCUGUCUACCUUAAGGGUGAGUUCCGAUCCGACGUCGAGCACUUUGCGCGCGUUUGCGAAUGCUGCCAUCUAGCGUUAUAUUAAGAUAAAUUUGGAAUCGAUCUGUCAAAAUAACAAGACUCGUGUGACAUUUCUGUCUGUUUAAUUAUCACGAAGCGAUUCAACGUUGACCGAGGGAUGCGAAUUUUAACGCGAUAAAAAUAUUUUUCACGUCUUUUUUUUAGUAUUUUUCUUUUUAAUAAUGGUCAAAAUCGAUAACGCCAAAUCACUCGUUAGUUUACAACUUUGUCAAAUCUUAUCUGAGUUCACAUUUUCGGUAUAAUUUUCAACCUAUAUCUGUGGUAAUAAGGUCUGUUUUUCAGUGAUCGUAUCUGAUAUCUGUGCCCCUCGGUCUUCGUCAAAAGGAGUGAUGCACGCAUCGCCUUUGGUUUGAUCUCGAAUUGCGACUGAGUGCGGGGUAUUUGUGUUAAAUCGUCGCCAUCUUGGCCCUUCAAAAAUGAUAGACCGUCAAAAUGUGUGGAGGUGAAAAAUCAUGUCUUUUGCAUUUAAGUUGCUGAUGCAAACUAUGGUUUUAUUUAAUUUCUCUUAUUUCGAAAUAAAUGUAAACUUAUUUUGAAAUAUUUGUCUUAAAUUUAACUGAGAUUUCAACCACUUGUAAUUAGCAAUUGGAAAAGAAAUGACGCGACACCAAAAACUAACAAUAUUUAAUGUAAUAAAGACAUUAGACGACUGGCAAAAGGCAUAGUUUAACGAUUUCACCUUUUUCAAAGUCUGUCCUUUUUGAAGUGUACGCUUUAGUUAUAUUGGAUAGUUUUAGCAUGAAUAUCAUCGCCAUUAUACGUGAUUCCAUCAUAGAUUAAUGUUAUUUUACCAUUUUUAUGUCAAUUGUUAAGACGGCGAGCCGCGCUGAAUGUGCAAUAAUUGAAAAGGAAAUUUACUUAUUCGUAGGUUCACAUGGACUUAGCAACAAUAUUAGUUAUGAUUUGAUGGUCAAUUUAGGUUAGUUUAGGUUAUGUUCGACGUAUAUCUAACCUGGAAAUCGGUCCAUAUAAAUAGCAUGGUUUUUAUUUCUUAAUAAAGUAGGGAAUACCUACUUUAUUGAACUCAGUUACUAAGUCCAUUUGAACUAAAGUGCAGUAGAAACGGGAAGUACUUACGCGGCGUCGUCGUUCGUACAAGUCACGUCGGUUGUACCUAGUUAUAACAUUUAAUUUUAGCGGGGCUAAACAAUUGGUUGUUUGUAUUGUUUUUUGUUUUAUCGAAAACGAAGUGAUACAAGAGCUUACAACUUAUGGAGAUUACACUAUGUGGCAGGAGUAAUAUGGCACUUUUGAUAUCAGUGCAAUCUCUGUAGUUUAUAAGCUCCUUGGAUGCAACAUAAUAAAAAUGUGGUGCGAGUGAUUCAAGUGAAUUUAACGAUAAAGACAUUUAACAAAUUUUCAAAUUAAUAAAGUACUAAGACUUUUUUAAAAUCGCUUAAAGAUGUAUGUACAUAGUGUUAAGUUACAUAGUGUUAAGUGCAGAAUUAGAUGUAGUAGGUAUAACAAAUUGUAUGGCGGAGGCGCGUGCGCCCAUCUUGUUGAAACGGGGGCAUCGCGAGAAAACAGUCUUCACAUUUCGUACAAAAUGACAACUAUUGUGUUCAAAAUAUCUUUUGAUAAAGUAUUUUUAAAAUACUAAACAGUUGAACACUUUUGCGUACUAAACUGGUUUUAACUUUGCAUAUUGCCAUCUCUAUUUCUUUCAAUACCUAUAAAAUAUUGAGACUGUUUUCUCGAGAAACCUUCAACAUAUUCGUUUAUGUUUUCAUCCGUUACGUCCACAGCCGCACGUCCUAACACAGUAUGAGAUUAUUUCAUACAACUCAUACAAAAAUGAACAUACAAGCUUCUGUGUAUUACACCGAAGAUUGCUGUUCGCGUGCGUUGUGCGAUGCGACGUUUUUCGUUGUUAUCGUUAUAACGGCUAUGUACGGUAUUUGCAAAGUCACAGCCAUAUAAAUAACCCAAAUAAUAAGAUAUAAUAGCAACCUAUUGUGAUUUUGAAACCAGCGUGACGAGUUAUUUUCGUUCUUUGAAUGAUAACAAUUCGACGAAGUGUAGUUAGGAACGAAAUUCACUCGACUCGUGAUUUAUCUGCCCACGAGAAACUGAUGUCAAAAAGUUCAAAUUGAAAAAGUACAUUAAUUAUGUACUAUCCAUCCAAUUAUUGUUAAAUCGCUGUAAGAGAUUAAAGCGUUUAAAAAUCUUGAAAAUAGGUUAUUUUCACAUUCAUCAAAAAUACUUAUAGAUUUAUUUCGGUGUGCAAAAAAGACUUCAAUUAUGGUUUAAAUUCAAAUGGCUAUUAUUUUUGUAAUUGCGGUACCGUACAAGCCGUGUUUGCGUUAAACCUGUGUUGAUGGACAAGUUAUGGGCUAGACAGAUCUGCCGUUGAUUUUAUGAUCUCUCCUAACUCGAGAUUCCGCCGGGCUCCGCACUCGUCCGAUUUCAAAUCGAUUGAAAAAAUAAAUUCAGCGUAGGCGGGAAUAUGAUUAAGCAAAUGAAUAAUGAAAAUCUUUUUUUAACUUUAGAGAUAGAAGUAUAUUCCCUUUUCAUUUACGAUAAGGUGACGUUCCGAACAGCGCGACACUGUUUUUUGGAAAAAAUUUAGCGCUUACUAGACAAAGUCUAAAAAAUUUUAAUACUUGUCUUAUUUUUUAUUUACUUAUCAAUCUUUUUAGAAUUACUGUGAAAUAUAUUAUAACCACUGCAAAGGGAAAUUAAAGUUUUUUUUUAAUAAAAUAAAUUUUAGGCGCUACUCAAAAAUAUUAUAUCCGGAAUAACGUUUUAGUGUUUGCUAGAAAAACGUCUUUAACAGUUAUUCAUGUCGAUUCUGAUGUUAAACAACUAGGCGCUAAGUCUCGCACAGAAUUGAUCGACGAUGUCAUUAUCUUUAUACAAUCCAUAUAAUUUGGUUAAAAGAGCGUGGUUAAAGAUUUUUUGGUUUAAAAGUAACACAAAUUUGGCCUCUAUAAGGCAAGUUUCCGAUACAUGCCUAUAAAAAGUUGUCCAUGUAAAAAAGUUUAUAUAAAUAAUUUUGAGGCAAUUGUGUACGCGACUCACGCCCCAGGACGAGUGUCAGAGCCCGCUGUAUCGUGUAAGUUUGCAACAAUCAAUGGUGAUAUUAUACAAAAAUAAUUUAUAUUAUGUUUUUAUAUAUUGAUUAACAACGUAAUAAAGAGUGAGCAAUGUCACGUCUUAA